GUAAUGGGGAAGCAAGAAAACCAGAUAAUUGGGAUGCAAUGUAAUAAAUACGGCUCACAUUACUUGUCGGCCGUCUCGAGAAAGUUCUAUGAAUAUACACAAUACACUGUCAUCCAACUCUUCCGUCAACCAACUGCACAGCGUUUGGAAGACACGCGGCUCUGCUUCUCUGGUUCAAGAUUAUUGCACGGCGGUCACGAGCGCGUCCUUCGCUCACCCAGCCAGAGAUCUGAUUUGCAAAUCAGGACGCUCGCUCGCAUCUCUGUCCCCGUCAAUGCAAGAGAUGGUUCAUGGUUCUCUCUCAUAACCGUUGAGUUUCAGUUUUCCUUUUCACACGUCUCUUUCCCUCUGUGUUUUUAAAAAAAAAACCCUAAAUUUGACCAUUCCCUCUGAAGUAAACCUUGCCUCUCACGUCUUUUCCUUCUCAGUCCACUCUCUAUACCUCUGCCAUGACUCACGAUUUCGAUGUAUCUACCGAAUUGACCCGAACAAUGCUAUGAUAUUUCGGUUCUAUGAUUAAUCAAUCCAUCAAUCAACACCAUGAACGACUUCAAUAGCGCCUCCUCUCCCUCCUCCUCAGAUUCGGCCUCCACCGCCACCGUCGAUCAGGCUGUAGUGAGGAGUCGAAUAAGCGUUGAUGCUGGUCAAACGCUGGCUAUGGAGUCUCCACGCCAUUGGCAUGAUGUUUUCUGGUCUGGAUUAUUUAUAAUUCAUUUGGUUGGUUUAGGAUUGGUUCUUGCAGUUCUUGGACUGAAUAGGUAUAAGAUAUCUGAUAGGCUAAAUAUUGAUAGAUUUACGAAUCGAUUCCUGGAGAAUCAGUCAGGAUUAACGGAGACUUAUUGGCCACUUUAUGCACUUGCUGGUGGAGUUGGGACAGUUCUUUCAUGGAUUUGGUUGUUGUUACUUGGCUCUACUGCCAAGCAAAUGAUGAAGGUUUCGGUGCAUAUUUUGACCACAUAUCUUGCUGUGGUUAGUGUUUUGUGCUUCUGGUCUGAACAGUUUUUCUGGGGUGUCACAUUUGCCAUUGGUGCUGCAUUACAGUUCUUGUAUGUUAUAUCAGUUGUAGACAGGCUGCCGUUUACCAUGCUAGUUCUACAAAAAGGUGUGAAGAUGGUAUGGAGUCUUCCUGAAGCGAAGAGAGUUGUGUGUGCAUUUAUGCUAGCCAUGCUUUUGUGGAUGGGAAUAUGGUCUUUUGGAGCGGCUGGUGUAGUGGCUUCCAGCAUGGGUGAUGGUGGACGGUGGUGGCUUCUUAUGGUUCUCUCAGUUAGCUUAUUCUGGACAGGAGCAGUCCUGUGUAAUACUGUACAUGUUAUAGUGUCUGGGAUGGUUUUUCUUGUUCUUAUUCAUGAUGGUCGUGAAGCAGCAUCAAUGCCUCGUAAAUCGGUGCUGAAAUCCCUAAGAUAUGCUCUGACAACAUCGUUUGGAAGCAUUUGCUAUGGAUCACUCUUUACAGCUGCAAUUCGGACUCUGCGGUGGGAGAUCAGGGGUCUACGGUCAAAGAUAGGCAAGAAUGAGUGCUUGCUUUGCUGUGUUGAUUUUCUCUUUAAUCUUGUGGAGACUCUUGUUCGGUUUUUUAAUAAGUAUGCCUAUGUCCAGAUAGCUGUGUAUGGCAAAAGUUUUAAUCAUUCAGCUAGAGAUGCCUGGGAGUUGUUCCAGUCAACUGGAGUUGAAGCACUUGUUGCUUAUGAUUGUUCUGGUGCUGUGCUACUGAUGGGCACGCUUUUUGGUGGACUUAUCACGGGAACUUGCUCAGGUGUUUGGGCAUGGUUUAAAUGGAGUGAUAGAAUGCUUAUGGUUGGAUCCACUGCAAUGUUGAUGGGAAUGGUUUUGGUUGGAAUGGCAAUGGUCAUCGUGGAAAGUGCUGUCACGUCUAUCUAUAUCUGUUAUGCUGAAGACCCCUUGUUGAUUCAUAGAUGGGAUCCUGAAUUCUUCAACCAAUUAUCGGAGACACUACAUCAACGUCUUCAAUACAGGAGCUCUCGAGUAAGGGAAGUACUGACCCACAGCCGGCUUGAUGGUCAAAUGCAAGAAACCAUUCCUAUUUGAAAUUUGCGUUUUGUUAUCAUAACAAUAACGUUAUACAUUUUUGUCUCUAAUUUAUUCAUCCAAGUGUUCAUGCUCUCUACCAGGCGGGGAUGUUGGAUGCUGGUGAGAGUUAAGACUGUUGUUCUGCUCUCUCUGGAAAAUUGUAAAUAGAUUUUGUUGAUAAAAGAAAGUCUUGUAAAAGUUAAGGUGAAUCUGUGAAAGUGAAUAUAUUAUAUAUCAGAGCCAAAUGGCCCUUAUUUUUGGGCUGCGA